AUGCCGCCUGGCGCGCAGCCGAUGCGUCCGAGGCCGAUGCAGAUGAAUGGGCCGAGUGCUUCUCCCGCACGUGUUCCAAACACCCAAAGCCCACGGCCCCCGGGAGGCGCUGUGCCUUCGCCACGUCCGCCGGCGGGUGCGGCGCCAAAUGUACGCGCCCUCGGUGCGGUGGGUGCCACUUCGUCGCCGCGGCCGCCCGCCCGAUCGCCCGUGCCCGGCGCUCGCCCAGCGCAGUCAAGCGCGGCGGGGCUCGAAGGGGACGUGCAAAAGAUGCACGUCGCCAAUGCAGCUGCGGCCCCAGCGCCGCCCAUGGGCCCUGCGAAAUCCAAGCGCGCCGCGCGUGCGUAUCACCAGGAUACGACGGCAGCGCCUGCAUCCACGGGCUGGAACGAUGUCGUGACGCGUCCUCCGCCGUCCCAGGCGUCGUGGCAGCAGGAAGCGGCCGAGCGUGCUGAUGAGUACGCACGAGCGCGUCCCGAAGGCACUGAGGGCGGUGUGUUUAGUACGGCCGAGGACGAUGCCGCGCUGGACCAGGUCCCCGGCCAGCGCAACAGCAUUUCGACCACGCAGCUCGCAAUGAAUCGCGCCGCGCUGAAAGCUGCGUCUGGGACGGGCGCGCCUGGAAUGCCGCGCGCGCCCGUUCCGCCAGCCUCUGCAAUGCCGCCGGGCGCGCCGAUUGCUGGCAUGCCGCAGGGCGGCGGUGCAAAACCGAAAAUCGACCCUGACCAGAUCCCUGCGCCUACUGAUGCACAGUAUGCGGACCAAAACUUUUACUACCACGACUAUUUCGGCACAUGCUCGCGCGAAGGCCUCCCGCUGAGCACGACCAACUUUGCUGUGCUUGACCAGGGCAAUGCCUCGCCGAAAUUCAUGCGUAUGACGACCUAUUGCGUGCCGGCGACCGAAGAAGUCGCGCACACUUCGCGCCUGCCCAUUGCGGUGACGCUGCAGCCUUUUGCACAGCUCCGCCCCGACGAGACGCAAGUGCCUCUCGCACAGACGGCCGAGUCAGGCCCGCCGCGCUGCAAGCGGUGCCGCGCCUACAUCAAUCCCUGGUGUGUGUUUGUGGAAGGCGGGAUGAAGUGGGUGUGUAAUCUUUGCGGCAAUGCUUCCGACGUGUCGCCCGACUACUUCUGCAACUUGGAUGUUUCGGGGCGCCGCGUGGACCUUGAGACCCGCCCCGAGCUCACGCACGGCUCGAUUGAUUUCAGCGUUUCGCGAGAAUACUGGGCGGUGCAGGCUGGCGCAAAGAACACGAAUUUGCUGCCAGGCGCCAAUGUGGUGCCAGGCGCAACGGCCGACAUUGUGACCCCGUCGAAGAUGCAGGACAAUGUCGAUCGCCUCGCGGAGAACCUUGCCAAUGCUGGCGACAGUGACUCGGCGUCCAACACUGCCGCCAAAGCCGCCAAGGCCGCUGGUGAAGCUGCACUUGAUACGCUAAACCUCGGCAAGGGACACACGACGGUGCGUGCGCCGCGCCCGAUGACCUACAUGUUUGCCAUCGACGUGAGUUUUAGUGCGGCGCGGUGCGGUGCACUGCGUACCUGUGCCGAGGCCAUUCGCGAAGCGCUGUACGGCCCGCGCGAAUCGCAAGGCGCUGCGACCGAGUCGCCUGGCUUUGGUCUUCCGCCCGGCAGCCGCGUAUCCAUUAUCACGUUCGACCAGACGCUCCAGUUUUACAACCUCGACCCCUCGCUGGACCAUGCACAAAUGCUCGUUGUCCCCGACAUUGAAGAUCCUUUUGUUCCCAUCAGCGACGGCCUUUUGGUCGAUCCAUGGAGCGCGCGCCACGUCAUUGAGCCCUUUUUGGACGGCCUUGCUGCCCAGUUUGCCGAUACGAACGUGUCGGAGGCUGCGCUUGGCGCGGCCUUGCGCGGCGCCCAGGGCGCUCUCGCCAUGAUCGGCGGCCAGCUCAACAUUUUCCUCUCGACCAUCCCCACGGUUGGCCCCGGCAAGCUAAAGCACCGCGAAGACACGAAGCUGUACGGCACCGACAAUGAAAAGAACUUGUUCAACCCCCAGGACAAUUUCUACCGAGCACUCGGCGAGCAGUUUGCCCUUUCGGGCAUCGGUGUAAAUGCCUUUUUCUUCCCGAGCCAAUACAUUGAUGUUGCGACCAUCGGCUCCCUCGUCGCCGAGACGGGCGGUGAGGUCUUUUUCCACCCCCGCUUUGAUCCCGUGCGCGAUGGCGCGCGGGUCCAAGCCGAGGUCCAGCGCACGAUCCUCCGCGAGACUGCGUAUAAUGUCACGAUGCGCGUGCGCAGCACCAAAGGACUGCGCAUCGCCAAGCACUAUGGCAACUUCCACCAGACCACCGCGACUGAUCUCGAGUUGGGCACGUGGGAUGCCGACAAAGCGCUUACGGUGCUCCUCAAGCACGACGGCCGCUUGGAAGAGUCGCAAGAGGUGUACAUACAGUGUGCUGUGCUGUACACGAGCGCUACUGGCGAGCGUCGCGUUCGAUGCCACACGCUCGCUGUCCCAGUCACUGCCGCGCUAGGCAAUGUAUUCCGCUACGCGGAUCUGGACAGUGCGAUGGCCUUUUACGCAAAAGAAGCGUCGACCAUGGCGCAUUCCAAGUCGCUGAAGGAUGUGCGCAGCUAUUUGACGAGCAAGUGUGUGUCCAUCCUGCUCGCCUACCGCCGCAACUGCGCCUCCUCCACCAGCCCAGGCCAGCUCAUCCUCCCCGAGAGCUUCAAGCUCUUUCCCCUCUACACGCUCGCGCUGAUGAAAAAUAAGGCGCUGAAAGGCGGCAACGUGACCUCGGACGUGCGUGUCUUCUUUUUCCAUCUCCUCUCGGGACUCGGCGUAGGAUCGACCAUGGUGCUGCUCUAUCCACGCAUGAUGGCGCUUCACCGACUCACGCCAGAGAAUGGCGAGCCCAUUCAGCCCGCGAGCGGCCUGAGCCCCGAAAAGCAGGUGCUUGAAGACGCGCUGCUCAAAGUCACGCACCUGCCGCACUUUAUGCGCCCGAGCUUCCAGCGCAUGGAGCCGCACGGCGCCUACCUCCUCGAGAACGGCGAGUGGUGCCUGCUGUGGCUCGGCGCGCAAGUGAGCCCCAAGCUCUUGGAGGACUUGUACGGUGUCACCUCGCUGGAUGAGCUCGAUGCGCGCAUGACCAGCUUGCCAAAGCUUCCCACCAAACUCUCGCAGCAGGUGCGGAGCCUGGUGCAGGCACUCGCCGCACAGCGCUGCAAACCGCCGCUGCAAGUCAUCCUUGCGCGCCAGAACCGCGAUGGAAUGGAGGUCGAGCUGGCGAACAAUUUGAUCGAGGACCAGAACAACGAUGCGAUGAGCUAUGUAGACUAUCUCUGCUACGUUCACCGCGUCCUCUCGUCGGACAUGGCCAAGGGACACACGGAAGACAAAGGCGCCACCUCGCUCUGGAAGGGAUUUACAUAG